AUGGAGAUUUCAUUCAGUAAUUUAUCCAUCGCUACCAGCUUCCAAGACAGACGACAUGACGACACCGCCCCAUCGCAAAGCCUGCCCAAGCGCACCACAUCUUUAAUACGGCCUGAACGUAGCCGUAUUGACCCACAACACCCACAGUACCAUACACGAAGAAGGGUCAUUGAGAAUGAAACCAGCCAUUAUUAUCGCUCAGCAGUAGAUCGAUCACAUCCUGCACGAAGAUCAGUAAUAAGACGAGGACUACUAGCAAGAGAAGACGAAGAGGAGAAAGGUCACAGUAGUAGCGAUAGUCUAGGCAUUGAAUACACAGCCGACAUUUCAUCGAGCACAUUUGAUGUGUGGAAGACGUUUUGCUAUUUUGUAACAUGCUGUUGUCCUCCACCUGUGCUGAAAGCAAUGGGCAAAAAAGAUAAGAGUGCGCAGAUGGCAUUUCGAGAGAAAAUGGGCCUAGUCACCAUCAUUUUAGGCAUCAUGACAUUUGUGGGUUUCCUGACAUUUGGCUUCACUCAAGUGGUAUGUCCUCGACCACCUCUCAGUUUCCGUGUCGAGACCGUCAAUAACGGAUAUGUUGUGAUCCAUGGUUGGGCGUACUUGCUUGCCUCCUGGAAUGAGCACCCUCCCAUUGCUGGAGUGACGGAUAAAGCAACCAACGUGAUUUACGAUCCCAUCAAUGCUGGUGGUAAAGACGCUUCAUUCUUGUUCCAAAACAUCAACCGGCACUGUGCCUCGAUUAUCACACCUAAAUCAUCAGGGGCUCAAGUAGGACAAGGAGACACGCCGUCGUACUUUCCAUGCCAUUUGAUUGAACGCAACCAGUUCCCUAGUCCAUCGCUCUAUACAAAUCACUCUGCUUGUCAUUUGAGCCCAACAACCCGCAGCAUCUUUGAUACCAUGAGAGACAAAGGUGUUCUGAACGAAAACGGAAACUACGAUAAAGCCGGCAGAGUGUACUAUGACUGGAAUGAUGUAAAUACCACUACACAUCUAGCUGUUUAUAAUAGCUACGUCUUGAACCUCAAUCUACUCCAAUCACUGCCUCAAUCCGUCUUCUCGGUGCCAACAGAAGGGCUUAUUCAGUCCAUCCUGCAGAAUGCCAGUGCAUUUGGCGGACAAGACAUCACACAUACAGUGGCAACACACAAAACCACUAAAGGCACUACUUGGAAAGCAGAAGCAGAGUGCUUGCUAGACACGAUCAAGGUCGGCGAAAUUGACACCAAAAGCGUCGGAUGCAUUGCCUCUGAUGCCGUACUCUACACCUCGCUCAUCGUCAUUUUGGGUGUCAUCCUCGUCAAGUUUGGUCUGGCUGUUAUUUUUGGCUGGUUCUUGUCAUGGAAACUAGGCAACUUUAAAAAGGAGGGCAGAGCAUCCUACAAAGAUCGCAUGAGACGGGACCUCGAGAUUGAGGACUGGACGACGGGUAUCCAUGUGCCAGCAGAAGCAAUUCGACCUCAUACGCCACAGCAGCAACAGUACUAUAAUAGCCCUCAAAUGACCAAAAAGAAGAGCAUCAUUCCAAGGAAAUCUCGAUUCACACAGCCUGACACAGGGUCCAUGCACUUUAAUGCCAUUGAAAGGCCUGGAAGUGCAAUAUGGAAACAAUCGGCUACAGGCUCAAGAAUCUUUGGAAACCAUAUCAGCUCGCCCUCGGGCAUUCUAUCCCCUCGACCUACAGUGUCAACUUCUGAAAAUAGCAGAAGCGUUACAGCAAGUCCUCUCUCGCGAAGAUCAUCAGAAACAUCUCGCUCCAGCCAGACUCAGUCGUCUCAGUUGACCGCUUCAUGUCCCUACGAGUUGUCACCUCAUGCAGUGCCUCAACCAAAGCCAGAAUACAUGCCCUUUGGAUUUGCAUUGACGCAUACCAUCUGUCUGGUCACAUGUUAUUCUGAGGGUGAAGAGGGUCUUCGCACAACGCUGGAUUCCAUUGCUACCACAGACUAUCCUAACUCGCACAAACUGAUACUGGUUGUCGCAGAUGGUAUUAUUACAGGACACGGCAACUCCAUGUCGACGCCUGAUAUCUGUAUCUCCAUGAUGCAGGAUUUUUUGGUAGAGCCAGAUACCGUGGAAGCUUGUUCUUACGUCGCGAUUGCAGAUGGUACAAAACGCCAUAACAUGGCCAAGAUCUACGCUGGCUUCUACAAGUACGAUGACAAAACGGUAGACGGUGAUUCUCAGCAAAGAGUGCCCAUGAUCACGAUUGUCAAAUGCGGUACACCCGAGGAGCAAGACAGAGAAGCCAAGCCCGGUAAUCGUGGUAAAAGAGACUCUCAGGUUAUUCUCAUGUCUUUUCUUCAAAAGGUCAUGUUUGAUGAGCGCAUGACAGAGCUCGAGUAUGAAUUCUUUACCAACAUUUGGCGUAUUUCGGGUGUCAGUCCUGACAAGUACGAGAUUGUGUUGAUGGUGGAUGCAGACACCAAGGUCUAUCCAGAUGCGCUAUCUCGUCUGAUUAGUUGCAUGGUCAAUGACUCUGAAGUCAUGGGCCUUUGUGGCGAGACAAAGAUUGGCAACAAAACGGAUAGCUGGGUAUCUAUGAUUCAAGUGUUUGAAUACUACAUUUCUCAUCACCAGUCCAAAGCCUUCGAGUCGAUUUUCGGUAAUGUUACGUGCUUGCCAGGCUGCUUUUGUAUGUACAGAAUCAAGGCGCCUAAAGGAAACAACGGCCACUGGGUUCCUAUCCUCGCUAAUCCUGACAUCAUUGAGCACUAUUCUGAAAAUGUGGUGGACACACUACACAAGAAGAAUUUGCUGUUGCUGGGUGAAGAUCGUUAUUUGUCAACACUGAUGCUCAAGACGUUUCCUAGAAGAAAGAUGUUGUUUGUGCCGCAAGCUGUAUGCAAAACAGUUGUCCCUGACUCCUUCAUGGUGCUGCUAUCUCAGAGAAGACGCUGGAUCAAUUCGACGAUCCAUAACCUGAUGGAGCUGGUAUUUGUUAGAGAUCUGUGUGGCACGUUCUGUUUCUCUAUGCAGUUUGUGGUCUUUAUGGAACUGGUGGGUACAUUAGCUUUACCUGCAGCCAUUUCUUUCACCAUGUACCUUAUCAUCCUUGCUUGUAUUGGCCAGCCUGCUGUCCUCUCGUUGAUCUUGCUUGCUCUCAUUCUUGGUCUUCCUGCUGUGCUGAUUGUGAUGACGAGUCGAAAACUAGUGUAUGUAGGCUGGAUGUUUAUUUAUCUGUUUAGUUUGCCCAUCUGGAACUUUGUGCUGCCUACCUAUGCUUACUGGCAUUUUGAUGAUUUUACCUGGGGGGAAACUAGAAAGGUUGAAGGCGAAGGGAAAGACAAUCACGGUGAUAAAGAAGGAGAGUUCGAUUCUUCGCAGAUUACGAUGAAAAAGUGGACAGAAUUUGAGCGAGAGAGAAAGAUCAAAGAAGCAGAAGCACGGUCAAGAGCCUUGGUUCAACAACACUUGUCGUCUCCUUUAUCAAGAUGGUCGCCCACCAAUCUCUCAUUUGAAAUUGAUCGCUCUACUUUGUCUACACUCAUUGGAUCAAGCUUGGGAACAUCGCCACGUCUUAUGCUGCCUCCUUCAUCAAGCCCGCCUCCCACACCUGCGUCACCACCAGCACGCCAUUACUCAAGAGACAGAGCGACAGAAGGCCUUUCAGACGAUGAAGACAAUCGAUCCGUCUUGUCUGAUGAGACAGAAGAAAUUCGACAAUGGCGACGAAGCCAGGAUUUCUUUGGUGGAGGUAUAGAACGAUUGCCUACAAUAGACACAAACCUGCCCAUGAUGUUCAAUCAAGACGAAGGUGAAGAUGAUAAUUGGCAAACAAGCAUUUUGGAGACAAUUCAUAGUAAGGAAUCAAAGGAAAAUUUGGGCGAACAACAGCAAGAGCAAGAGCAAGAGCAGCAACAACAAGUAGAAUCAGACAAAGAUGAUGAUGACGAUGAAGAACAACAUCCAGAGGUCUCCAACGUGUCAAAAAAAGAUGAAGAGCAAGAUAAUUCUCUGUAA